UUUCCAACAAAGACAAGUACGAAAUAAGUUGACUUAAUUCGUUCGCUCUGUAGCGUUAAUAAAGCUUGAAGUAAAACAAUAAUAAUCCCAUAAAGUCGCGUGACAAUGACGUCACCCAUAUAGCCCAGCUAGCAUACCACUGUACAACACGCGGAGAGGAGAAAAGUAAAAACUAAAAACACAAUGUCUGUAAAUUACGCUGCUGGACUCUCGCCGUAUGCAAACAAAGGUGUUUGUGGACUUCCUGAGGAAUUUGAUGGUCCGGAGGAACUGAAGGCAAAAGUAGAGACCCUAGCCCAGUUGAUUAAAGAGUCUCAGUACCUGGUUGUCCACUCAGGAGCAGGAAUCAGCACUUCAUCAGGAAUCCCAGACUUUAGGGGUCCAAAGGGUGUGUGGACAUUAGAAGAAAAGGGCGAGACUCCUCACUUUAACACCACUUUCGAAGAUGCCCGGCCUACCCUGACUCACUUGGCUCUUCUAGGCCUACAGAGAGCUGGGUACCUCAAGUAUCUCAUCAGCCAGAACGUAGAUGGUCUGCAUGUUCGAUCAGGCUUUCCCAGGGAUUUGUUAUCCGAGCUCCAUGGAAAUAUGUUUGUGGAGGAGUGUGAAAAAUGUGGCCGGCAGUACGUUAGGGAAAAGGUGAUCGGUGUCAUGGGUCUGAAACCGACGGGACGUUACUGUGACGUUGUGCGCUCCAGAGGACUCCGAGCCUGCAGAGGGAAACUUAUCAGCACCAUAUUGGACUGGGAAGACGCUCUGCCUGAUAAAGACCUCAACAAAGCAGAUGAAGCCAGCAGACGGGCAGACCUGGCCCUGACCCUCGGCACGUCCAUGCAGAUUAAACCGGCUGCAGACCUUCCUCUCCUCACCAAGCGCAAAGGAGGGAAGAUUGUCAUUGUCAACCUUCAGCCCACCAAACACGAGAAACACGCGCACCUCCGUAUUAACGGCUAUGUUGACGAGGUUAUGAAACUGUUGAUGGAGCGGCUGGGAUUAGACAUCCCAAAGUGGGAAGGACCGACCGUCUGUGAAAGCUCCACAGUCUCUCUCAAAACAGAGGCUGAUGUCAAACCUGCGUGUGCAGUGACAGCAAAAGGAAAAGUGAAAAAGGAUGUGGUUAAGGAGGAGAGGAAGAGGGAAGCUUUGGCACCAGAAGACGACGGGGGCAUCAAGGAGGAGAUGGUUUCAGUAAAGAGAGAGAAAACCGACUGUCCAUCAGUUAUAAAUAAAGAGAAAUAGCCCCAGACAUUUUUCUUUUCUCAACAACAACAACAACAACUCAACACAGAUCCAUCCAGAAACAAAGUUUACAAGCCAGGGUGCACAGUUUCAUCAUUUUCAGAAGAUGAAAGUUCUCACCACCAAACACCCUGUGGAACAAAGUGGAGUGGUUUUUGUUCAUCACAAACGUUUUACACUAAAAGAUGUGAAACAUGCCUCACAGCUAAAGUUUCACAAACUACUUGUGUCGUAAGAAUGUUUUAUUAACUUUUAAUUUUAAGUUUACAGACAAGUAUGUACUCUGAACUGCGGAUUUUCUAUAUUUAAAACAAACUGCAUUCACUUUACUGCAGGCACCUAUACAGUGGUCACCGGAAUCCAUAAGAGGUUUGACCUAUUUCCACUUUUUCCUGCCGAAAUGAUUGGCUCUAAAUGGAACCUGCUGUGUUUCCAGGAAAUUGUUCUUAUCUCAGGAAAAAGCAUUGUAGUGUUUCAGAGAAAUAUGUUUUACUUUUUUUUUAUACAGGUUUUAUGUGCAGUGUUGUGUACUAAUGUCAUGCACUCAAUCAGCAGUUGCCUGGUUGCGUUUGUCAGCCAGUGUUUCAUAGGAAAUAGAGACAACUCUCAUUGUUUGCACCGUAAAACCUUCACCCUUAACCCGACCGUCUCUGACUUAAAAAUCUACACAAGGGUAGUUAAAAAAUGUAUUACAGCGAGCUGCAUUGUGAAUCAUGGCUGUAAUGACUCUUGCUUUUUUUGAGAGGUUAUGUCGAUGGGAAGAGGUAAGAAGAGCUUUCUCCUGUUUUUGCCCUCAGUACAAAUAACGGAAGAAAUAUAGAAAUCCUGCACCUUAGGUGUUAAAUUUUGAAGCAAAAUGCGCAUUUGUUAACACUGGCUGUGUUUGUGUGGAAUAUUCCUGCAAAAAAUAUGUCUCACAGCUGUUGAGCUAGCCCCAGAACUGGGCCCCAGUGUAGUUCUACACUGAUGAGCCACCACCAGACAUUUAAAAAGAUGCCUCAAAAACAGUAUGUGAUGAUGUACUUCUAAUUUAAAUUUACCCGCAAUUUGCUUACUACCUGUCAAACCUAGGCCUGUUUAGUUGAACACCAUGCUGAUAUACUUAAGGAAUUAAAGAAAGACACCCCAGGCUCUUCAACAGCUUUGAGUCAUUUUUUUUGUUUUUAUAACCAUCCACUGCCACCUGUUGGAAGACCAUGAAUGUUGCUAGAACAAUACCUAAAGUCACCUGUGCAAAUUGUAUCAUGAACAGGAGAAUCACACAAAGGCAACCACUAACUGUCCAGGCGCCCUGUCACAUCCUUCACUUGGCAAUUAUUGGGAACGUUGGUUUUCAACCUUUACGAGUGUAAGUAAGUAAGAGGGUAAGUUCUAAAACCUAUCAUCAGAGAACUCUGUGAAUGUCUUUAUUGAACCAUGUCACAACCUCCAUCUUCGUCUCAUCUUAAGACUAAAACAAAGGGCCUUUUAUAACUUUCAGUUUUGGUUAAAAUAUAAAGAUCAGGAGGAGCUUUAUAUAAAACCUGUAAGAAAAAUUCAAUAGUUGAGUUCAUUUUUUUUUCAAGGUUAAAAACUGAACAAAGAUCAUGUUUUAGUUUAGAUGAGACUGAAAUGAUAACAUCUGUCUGAGAACAUUUUCACUUCCAGGAUAAUUCCUCUGCCAUCCUCUGAUAUCUUUUAUCUGUUUUUGUGAUUCUGUAAAUUGGGGGAAAUGCUUGUGUCAUUGACCUUUACUAGGACACAGGAAAGUGAUCAUGUCCAUAAAGUUUUUGAGGAAAUUUCUGUAAAUUUGUUUCCAGCUAUAUCAACAAAAAUGUUUUACAAAUCAAAAGAAGGUUUUCAAAAGGAGGUUAGCAGCCUGAACCCCUUGUGCUUCUAAGAAGAUUAUACCUUUUUCAGUCCUUGAUUAAAUCUAUAAAAUGUCUUUCUUAGCUGUGGGCUGCACAGUCACCCUGUGGAACCAUAGAGGAACAGGCUCUUCCUAAAUGCUGGGACAGAAAAUUGAAAAUUGUAUAAAUUGAUUGAAGUGAUGACAGGCGGUAUCACUAUGACACAGAAACCUGUUGUACCUUAGCAGAUUGGUUGGCUUUGUUGCUUCUCCCCGUCUUAGAUUCUGUAGGUAGAAAUAUUACACAAUCAAGAGGUUGAAAGCAGUGCUGCGUUGGCUGCUCCCUGGAAGAACACCAGUCACCGCAGCAUUUUCUCAGUCUGUGAUAGCGAGCCUGGAACUGCACAAACAGAAUUAGGGACUGCAUAAAAGAUGAUAUGGUGUGAUGAAGCCAGAAUCAAACCCCUCAGUUAAAUUCAAAGUGCUACGUCUGGAGGAGCACAGGCUCAGCUCAUUCACUAUGUUUUUUAGAAGAGUGAAAACAAUAAAUGAAGCCAAAUAGGUCAGACUAACCCUGUUGUCAUAGCCCCUAAUCUGAAACAUGUUGAAGGCCAUGUGAAGAGCCGUCAAAUCAGAGCAUGCAAGGAAAUAAUUAAGUGAAUCAGAGAGCACAGGGUUGACUGUUUGAAUCUCAUUAAAAUGACACGAAGAUGAUUCUGUUUAUGGAGGUUAGACGUACAGCGACUGUGGCUCUGAGGAGGAAACUCAAGUAGCAAUUACUGUGGAGGGAUGUGAUGAUGAAGAGGAGCGGAGAGAAAGAAAACUGACAGGAAAACAUGAAUGUGACAAAUGAUAUUUUUUUUUAUGAGUGAAUCUGCUUUAGUUCAGUUAUUUAGUCUAAUUUUUGUCCCAUUGAAGCCUAACUGCUUUAAUGUUUCUGAGAACACAACCGCGUAUUUAAAUUGCUCUUGUGAAUCAAAAAUACUCACAUGCAACACAAUGCCUUACACACGAGACCCACAGGAGAUUAGAACUGUGUUUUGUUCCAUAGAAAAGAAAUCGAAUUAUCUAUAAUUUAACUGGAAAUGGACAGAAAAAUUGGCUUGUUCCCUUAGAGUACACGGGGUGUCAUGAGCUCACUUUUUUUUUUUCAUUUGUGACAUUGGUAUUAUUAAUAGAUAUUUUUGUACUUAUUGAAAACCUUUUACAUAUUUUGGCCUUUAAAAAAAAAAAAGAAACAAAACAAAGAAUGAUCAGUGCUUUUAGGACUUGUGCAUUUGAAUUGUAAUUUCUACAAGUCGUGCUUUAUGACAGCUCUUAUUGUCAGACUUCAGAACCUCAUUUUACUUGGCAUUUAUAUAGCAAUCAUCGAGGCGACUUUGGCCUACAUCUGUUAUCUUCAGCCCAAAUUGUCCAUCUGACCACAUGGUCGACCAGGCUAAAAUUCUGGACCUUUGAAACUGUACAUUUUCAAGAGCUUUCCUUAGGUCCUUCUGAAUAAUACUGCAAUACAACUCAUGUUUUUGAAACUUUAUAAACUCCAUUAUCAUUUUCAGUUAAACUGUGAAAUUGUGCAGCCUUCAGGGAUUUUCACCAGCAGUAAAAUUAUUAAAAUAAAAUAAAAACAGAGCAAUGGGUGUUACUGCAUCUCAAGAGAGGAGGAAAAUAAUUUACUUUUUUAGAAAUAAUAACCCAGCUGUGUAGAACGUGUAUAAAGGUUUUGAUUGCCCUAGAGUUUUUUGAACAUGCAGUGAGCCUCUGUCAUCGUGCAGUGAAUUUAUUCUAUUACAGAAAUGUGCAACGGAGAACCGGCUCCAGGUCUUAAAGGCUUCCUGACCUGCUGGUGUAUAGAACUACGGUUCUGACUGAGGAAGUAAUUACCAGCAGAGUGGCAUUCUGCAGAGAUAACAUAUAGAGGUUUCUGUGCAUCUGUCAUGACGGCAGGAAAGAUUAACGUCAGACGUCACCAAACGUAUUUGUUCUCCCAUUUUUAUUUAAUGUCACAGAACACGUGUGACUUCACAAAAACAAUCCACAGCAGAACAGCAAGGCAGACAGAGAAGACUGGAUGGUGCUUCCUCCACCCGUCGGCCUCUGACCGCCGAAGUGAGGACGUUCCGUAAAGAGUGAGAGACUCUGAGCAGGAGGUCCUUUAGUCCAGCUCUGUACUCCUUUCGGAUCAGGCAGUAGAGCACAGGAUUGAGGCAGCUGUUUGCAUGGGCCAGACACACGGUCAGGGGGAAGGCGUAAGCCUGGGCGUUGUAGAAGGCUUUGCUGAAGGGCACCAUGUCAAACUUUAUCAACACCCCCCACAGGGUGAGGGCCUGGUUGGGCAGCCAGCACAUGAAAAAGGAUAGAACCACGAUAGUGACGGAGCGGGUGACUUUGGACCUGCGGCGGUGACGUCCCCUCUCGCACUCUGACCUCUCUGUGACCGGCCCGCUCUCCAUACUACCGACAACACGCCGGCUCAGGAUGAACCUCAGGAGGAGCAGGUAGCACACGCUGAUGAUAAUCAAGGGAAUUACAAAUCCUAUGAGGACUUUUUGUGUUUGAUAGAGUCCAAGCAGGACUUGUGGAUCCCAGUGGCCUGAGUCGGAGUCAGAAAACCUCACCAAACAAAGCUCGUCGUCCGCAGACACCUACCAACAAAACAGGAACACAGACAGCUGCUCACCAACAACCAUAGACAAUUUCUGUCCUUAGGUUAAGUAAAAUGGGCAUUAGAAUAUCAUAGAAACCUGGACUGUGGUGGAGUAGAAAGCGUGAGGCAGAGUAGCCACCAGCGACACAACCCAAAUGGCUAAACUGACCCACUUGGCUCGAGCAGCGGUGAUUCUGGGGCUUUCCAUCCUGAGAGAAGUGACCAGGGAGCGGUAGCGGGUCACACUCAUGGCGGUCAGGAAGAAGACGCUGGCAUACAUGUUGAGAGUGGUGACCGAGCUCACAAUCUUACAUGUGACACGGCCGAAAGGCCAGCGAAAAUCGAGCAGCGUGUCCACGGCCCAGAAUGGUAAGGUCAGGACAAACUGGAGGUCUGUGAACGCCAGGCUCAUCACAAAGCAGUCGAUGGAAGAGUGGUGGUGACGCCGGCGGCGGGAGUGGAGCAGGAACAAUGCCAGGAGAUUACCCACAAGGCCCAGCACACAUACCACAAGGUCCAGUGAGGACUCCUUGGACAGGAUGUAGAGCCAGCAGUUCAGGGAGAGGUUAAAAGUUGCCAGGUUGGACGUUCCACCCGUGGCGCUGACCAGUGUGGAGAUUUCACGCUCGUCCUCUUCUCCGCACACACUCAGAGAAGUCGGAGGUCCGGAUGAUGCGCUGCCGUUGCUCUGCAUUGUGGUGUAGAGGAGGGAAAGGAGUCAGGACAGGUCUCACGGGUCGAGGGCGCACAAAUCCACAUCGUCCUGGUCCUGCAUCAAGUGGUGGAAGAAAGCGUCAGCGAUGGAUCACUCCUGCGUCCGUUUCUCCCACAGUGUACCCGAGAUGAAAACUAAAGCCAGUUUAGUGG